AUGCCUCUGUGUUCCGUCAAAGGUUGUAAUAGUGGAAGUCGCAGUAAAGCGUUCCAAAAAACUAUUCCCACUCCACGUCUCUUUAGCUUUCCUAAAGAUAAAGAGUUACAAAAGAGAUGGAUAGAUUUAUGUGGAAAAGGAGAUCAGAUAAAUGUUAAAGCUGCUAGGGUAUGUUCAUUACAUUUUGAAACCACAGAUUAUGUAAUACCACAAAUUCAAUUAGUCCUUGGUUAUUCUCCGAAGUGUCAACGUACGCUUAAACCAAACGCAGUACCCUCCAAACACCUGCAAACAUUUAAUAAAAGCCCAAAAUAUAGAAGUCCAAUUAUAAAAAAUUCUCCAUUUAAUGUUGAAACAUUAAGUUCUGAAGACACUCAAUCUCCUAUAAACAAAUGUCUGAAGUCCAGUCCAGCUUGUAGACGCACAUUAUUUGCAUCUAAUAAAGUAGAUGAUGAGACAGUUACGGAAGCAGAUAGUUACAGUACUACAAAUGAGGGUAGUGAUCAAACUGAAUUUUCAAUCUUACGAGAACAAUUACUUCAACAUAUACAAAGUUUGGAAGAAAUCAAAAAAGAAAACAAGUUUUUAAAGAAGUCUGUAGAAUUACAAAAGAGUGUAAUAAAUGCAAUCCCUAGUGAAGCUAAGAAGACCGAAGAGUUUGAGUUAAAGUCUUUUGUCAGGAAUGUUUACUACAACCCAAAUUAA